AUGGCGAUGGUGCAGGCGACGUUGGCUCAUGUCGCCGUGGGCUGCAACGCCGCCACGAACGCCCUGUCCGUGCGUCCCAGUAGCUCCUCAACUUCAUCUAGGUCUUGCAACUACUGCGGCGCGUUUGCAGCCAGGAACGUCGUGUGUCUGCUGCGCAGCAGCGUCGACGAUGACACAAACUCCGCCCCAAUGGCCAUUGCGGAGACGUUGAAGCAUCGGGACGCGACCUCCGACGCCUCGAGACUCACGAGCGUCAUGAUGCAAUACGAUGCACAAUCGGAGAGCGUGCAGGUGCUCGCGGGGGACUCGGACGGGCGCGUGUUCCUCUGGUCCAAGGUGUCAACGAGCGGUUGGCAGCUCCAGAAGGUCACGCACGAGAGUCAGAAGCUGCCGGCGGUGACGGUGGCUGCCGUGACGCCUGCCGAGACGCAUAGACGUCGACUCUACUUUGCUGCGUUCUCGGACGGGACGUUGGCGGUUUUCGGUCGGGGUAAAGGGAGCGAGGAGGAGGAGGAGGUGAAGCUGCUGAGUCGACUGGAGCUUGGCGUCAAGAGUAUCAUGGAGACAAUGGAUGCUCUUGUGGUGAAGGGAGGAGAAGGAGAAGUGGAGGAGAGUGUGCUGCUGGCGACGGGUGGGGUGGAUUCCAAGGUUCAUUUGUUUGAAGUAGCGGACGGGAGUGAUCAGUUGACGGAGUUGCUGGCGCUGGAAGGACAUCAGGGGUGGAUCCGCAGUGUCGCGUUUAAGCAACAGGAGAAGGAAGACGUAGGGAAUGUAGUGGCAAUGCUCGCGUCAGCGUCGCAGGAUCAGCGAAUUCGUGUAUGGAAAGUUACUGCUCGAUCGAGAGGUCAAGGUGAAGGAGCUUCCUCUGGUGAAGUUAAAGACGGAUUCCUUGCGCGUGGUGCCCGCACGACGUAUACCGUGAGCUUUGAUGCGCUACUAGUCGGUCAUGAAGACUGGGUCACGUCGGUGCAGUGGACGCAGUUACCGCGAGAUGAUGAGAGUGAAGAUCCUUGCGAGACAGCGCUGCUUUCCUCGUCCAUGGACAAUACGCUCAUUGUGUGGACAAAGUCUGCAGACACUCGCAGCUCGUGGACCCCGUCCCUUCGUGUUGGUGAAAUGGGCGGCAACGGGUUGCUGUCGGCAGGUGUGUUACCUGCACGUGGUGGCCGUCUGAAUCUCCUGUCGCUGAGCUUUGGCGGACAGUUGGAGCGCUGGGAGCAGCAGCCAGUGCCAUCGAAACUUUUCCUGCCAGCAAUUUCGAUUAACGGCCAUUGCGCUGAGGUCACGGAUCUUUCGUGGGCACCGCGUGGCGAUUACUUAGUGUCGGUUUCGCUGGAUCAAACCGCUCGCGUCGUGGCCCCGUCAAAGACCUCCAAUGACUCGCUACCGAAUUGGUUCGAGAUCUCUCGGGCGCAGGUUCAUGGAUACGACAUCAACUGUGGCUGUUUUGUGCUUGGAAAUCGCGACGCAAACGACCAAUUCGUCAGUGGAGCUGAUGAAAAGAUCUUGCGCGUGUUCGAAGCUCCGGAUGAGGUGAGGCAACUGGUGGGUCAGUUGAGUCCCUCCGACAAGAAUGGCGGGGUACAAGCAAAUGCAGAGAAGCAGGUCCGAAGCGUGCAACAUGCGUAUCUCCCAGAAUUAAGUUUGACGAACAAGUCAGCGACAACGGAGGAAUCUGCCAGCGACUCGGACAAUGGCUACGCGAAGUUGAGUUCCUCCUUGUCUUUACCAGUGGGGGACACGCUGGGUCGCAAAACGUUGUGGCCUGAGCAGCGAAAGCUUUACGGUCAUGGAAACGAGCUUCUCUGUGUGACGUCGUCCCACACUGGCGAUUUGAUCGCUUCCGCCUGCAAGUCGCGUGAGGAACGAUAUGCAGCGGUGCGCCUAUGGAAUACUGCAGACUGGAGCGAAGCCCAACUUCCACUUGCGGGCCACAAGAGCUCAGUGGUGCAGUUGGCCUUCUCCCCGAACGACCUGUACUUGCUCUCAGUGUCUAGAGACCGACAAUUCUGUCUCUACGAGCGACAGCCGAAUUCAGACGGGAAGUUUGCGCUCGUGGAAAGUGUAAAAGCUCACCGCCGCAUCAUUUGGAGUUGCUCGUGGUCGCCAGACUCGUCCCUCUUCGCCCUCGGUUCUCGUGAUCAGUCGUUCUCGCUUUGGAGCCGAACCAGCGGAAAAUGGGGUCGCAUUUGUGACCCCGUGGCGUAUGAUGCUGCCGUCACGGCUGUGGCCUUUUUACCAUCUGCACUGUCAAAUUCUGGAGGCUAUCUCCUGGCCGUCGGUCUCGAAACCGGUGCUAUCGAACUGUUUACAAUGUCGAAGAUUGAUGAGGAUGUUGCCGAAGUGACUUGCUCGCGCAUUGAUGAACUAGCGUGGGAAAUUUCCCCAUCCGGCGCUGUCUCGCGUUUAGAAUGGUGCCCAGCUAAGAACGAGGGAGAAUUCGUGUUGGCAGCAGCGAGCAGUGAUAGCUCUGUGCGAGUAUACAACCUAAAGAUCUAA